AUCCUCCUGACUACAGGACCACGGCUACCGCGGCACUGAUAGGCUUGGAUACAAGAGACAGCGACCAAACCCUCCCUCCCCCUUUCUCUCUCUUCUCCUCUUUCUCAGUCUCUCGUAUCUCACUCUGCUGUCAUAGAGACUGCAGGCUGCACACACUCAGUGAGUGCUUCUCUCUCUGUCCAGCUGUCACACUCAGUGUUUCAGGAACAGAUACGGACUCUUCUGCACUGUUCUCUGCAUGACUGUCACAAAGAUGUCAUGGCGGCCGACCUACCGGAGCUCCAAGUUUCGAAACGUCUACGGCAAAGUGGCCAACCGAGAGCACUGCUUCGAGGGCAUCCCGGUCACAAAGAACGUCCAUGACAACCACUUCUGCGCAGUCAACGCCAAGUUCCUCGCCAUAGUAACGGAGAGCGCGGGAGGAGGAUCUUUCGUUGUUAUCCCGGUCACUCAGUUUGGCCGUAUCGACCCUCACUAUCCAAAGGUCUGCGGUCACCAAGGCAACGUGCUGGACAUCAAAUGGAAUCCUUUUCAUGACAACAUAAUCGCUUCUUGUUCAGAGGACUCUUCUGUGCGAAUAUGGGAGAUUCCUGAUGGUGGACUGAGGAGGAAUUUGACAGAGUCUGUAUUAGAACUGUAUGGCCACAGCAGGCGUGUGGGGCUCAUAGAGUGGCACCCAACCACUAGUGGGAUUCUCUUCAGUGCUGGUUAUGACUACAAGAUCCUCAUUUGGAAUCUUGAGAUUGGAGAGCCGGUGAAAAUGAUUGACUGUCACACAGAUGUGAUCCUCUGUAUGUCAUUUAACACAGAGGGCAGCCUACUGGCCACCAGCUGCAAGGACAAGAAGCUCCGCGUCAUCGAGCCACGCUCUGGCAAAGUGCUACAGCAGGAGGCGAACUUUAAAAACCACAAAGUGAACCGUGUUGUGUUCCUAGGCAACAUGAAACGACUCCUAACGACAGGUGUGUCUCGCUGGAACACACGCCAGAUUGCUCUCUGGGACCAGGAGGAUCUGUCCAUGCCAAUCAUUGAGGAGGAGAUUGAUGGCCUUUCAGGAUUGCUUUUCCCUUUCUAUGAUGCAGACACACGUAUGCUCUACUUGGCAGGAAAGGGUGAUGGGAACAUCCGUUACUACGAGAUCACCCUGGAGAAACCCUACCUGCAGUAUCUCAUGGAGUUCAGGUCCCCUGCACCACAGAAAGGGCUCGGAGUGAUGCCGAAGCAUGGGCUGGAUGUAGGAGCGUGUGAAGUCUUCAGGUUUUAUAAGUUGGUCACUCUAAAGGGGCUGAUUGAGCCAGUCUCUAUGAUCGUGCCUAGAAGGUCAGAGACAUAUCAGGAGGACAUUUAUCCCAUGACUCCUGGGACAGAACCUGCUCUGUCUGCCGAUGAGUGGCUCAGUGGAAUCAACCGAGGUCCAGUACUCAUGUCUUUAAAAGAGGGCUACAACAGACCAAACAAACUGGUGUUCAAGGCCCCUGUGAAGGAGAAGAAGGGUGGAGUGGUCAAUGGGAUUGACCUGCUAGAAAAUGUGCCUCCCCGUACAGAGAAUGAGCUCUUGCGGAUGUUCUUCAGGCAGCAGGAGGAAUUGCGGCGACUGAAGGACGAACUUACGCAGAAGGACAUUAAGAUUCGACAGCUUGAGCUGGAGCUCAAUAACACAAGAAACAGCCCAAACAUCAACAACAAUAACAACAGCAGCAGCAAUGGUAGCAGCAUUUGACGCUGGAUCUGUGCUGUGUCUGUUGAUCUCCUACAGUGAGCGCUGCUGAAACACACAGGCUUCCUUUUCCUAAAACCAAGACCACAGGAGAGCAAGCGCUUGUCUUUAUAAAGCAGUGUUUUGCUCUGACCCCCAAUGUUGACCCCACAGCUGCUGUGUGCUAAGUCGACUUUAUUGGAGUGAUGAUUCACUAACCCUGUGAAAACUGUCCCAUUACAUGACCUUCAGCCACACUGAUGGUCCACCUGCAGUGGAUUGAUUCUCUCUAUAUGGAUUGGGUUUGGAACAAUCUAUUCAUUGCAUUAUCAUCUCAUAAUUGUAGACUACACUAGAUUUCAUUAUUAGAAUUAUUUAUUUCAUUUUUUUUCUUUGUGCUACUUAGCCUUGUUCUAAAUUGCUUAAUAAACUCCAUGUAGAGAAGAAACGUGUUUUAAUAAGGUCAAACAGACAUGCUUCACCAAUCAAGCUGUUAUCUCAUGUAAACACUAGGUCCAUUGCAUCAUUUUGAUAUGACCCACAGUGCAGUUUUAAUAUAGAAACUAAAAAACCACCAUGCAGUAAUCUCACAUCGCAGAUGAUAUUUAUCCAAUUGACAUGCUCCUAAAUCUAGAAGUAUUGGGUUUUACUAAUAUAAGUUGGGGACUGUGUUGCUUCACAUAAUUUAUGUGAAAUAUGUUCAGGUCAGUUUAUGAAGGCAAUUCAAAUGGGUUUUUAAGUUAAAUAAAGUUCAGAAUAAACUGAGAAAAAUUACACUUUGCACCUGAUGAAAAUAUAAAAGUCCACAAAUUGUAAAAUGCAAUUAUGAAAUGAAUUAGUAAUAGAUGUAGUAUUAGAUACCUACACUGUAUUUCAAAGUAAAGUUUGUAGAGAACGUGAGAAAAAGAACGUUUGGGAAUGAGACACGAAAAUUGUUAUUUUUUUUAUUCUGAAAGUUGAAUUAAUUGCGAUUCUUAAUUUUAAAGACUUACUGUGAUUUAUAAAGCAUAAUGUUACUUCUUUAUUACAUUUUAAAUCAAACAUAUUUAUUGAUUUAUAUUUUCAGUUCAUACUUUAAAGUGAAGAGUCUUGAGUAACCAUGAAUUUACUGUAUCCUUGCCGUCCUGUUACAUUUAAAUUACUGACCUCUUAAACAAAUAGCUUCUUAGAUUGGAUGUAAAAUAAAUUGCAUCGUAUUCAACUUUUAACUUUCAUUGUAAACCCUUUCAAAUGUUUUAUUGUAAAGGGGACAAAUUCUUUGCGGUGAAAUACAUUAUGCGGCACGAAACACUACAGGUGCAGUCACGCUCCUCAGUGCGCGCUACUCUCUAGAAAUUAACGUUACCCUAUUAAUUAUAUAUUUAAAACAUUGGUUUUGCCCAGAACAAACUGGACCAGCUCAAAAAAAAAAAAAAAAAAAAAAAACUUUGCAGGCACAUUUAAUGGAGCACUUAUAGAGCUAAUGUGUUAAAAUGUUAUCCCUUUUAAAAUAUAUUGAUCCUCUGAUUCCCAAAUGAACUAGUUAUAAAUAACCUCGCUCGACCAGCACGGUCGGUUUGACAUUUUCCUGUUGUCGCUAUUUAAUGAAAACACUAUGAGCCUCAAGCUUUGUAAAUAUUUUGCUUCAUAAAACAAUAACACAAACCCCAGCAUCUUCUGCUUCAUUAUAAUAGCGCGUUUUGAGGUAAAGUGCACUUAAGGUAUUCUGACAUUAGGGGGCGGUAAAGCCACAGUCUUGCUCACGUCAGCACGUACUGAAAGGCCUACACUUGCCAUUAAACAGACUACACAGCAUUCUCUUAACAUGAUAAAGAGCAGUUCGGACACAAGCAGUAGUGCUUAAUGAACACUGGGUAAUACUAACACUGGGCCUACUUAAAUGGGCCAAACAGUGACGAAUAGGUUAUGUGGACAGUAGCUACAUUCCGAAUCUUAUGCCUGAUAAUUGUGCAUCAUUGAGAAUUUUGAGAUGAAGUGGUUAUUAACUUGUUCACAGUGUGAGGUGCCAGAAUAUUUGUGUUGUACUCAGGCCCCUUUUAUCUGGUGUUAGACAAGGCACUCACUGCCUACACAAGAACAAUUAAUGCUGAAAUAUUUCAAGCUGACACUUUCUAAAGAAUUAUGAGGCAAGACAUUAGGCUAACCUUUGUCUUUGAUUAAAAUGAAGAACAUUAAUAUGUAAUCACUACUCUGUAUUUCACUAUUCAUUAGGAUUAACUGACUAACUACAGCAUGUUGUACAAAAGGUAAUUGCAUACAAGGUAAAAAACCUCUUCCUGAUGAAGAGCAAUAAUGUGCUGAGCCGAAUUUACUCAAAUGGUGCAUCAAAUCUAACAGUCUAGACUGAGACAAGCUCAAUUUACCUUAGUCUCACACACACACUCACUCACAAUGGCAAUCUGUUCACACAGAUUAUAUAAAAAACACCUCCGUUACACUGUAUGCAAUGCUUUCAUGCUCAUGUUAGCAAAGCACAUGCGUGUACAGUAAAUAUUCAUUGGAACAAAAAUGCUGACUUUUAUUCAUGUGAAAUCUGAAGUCUUCUUUUUAAUAAAAAUUGCAAUCAGUAUGAUCUGACAACUGGACACAGCUCAGUUAAAACUAUGCGUUCUAUUUAAAUUGGCAUGAUGCUUCUGAAUAUUUACACAAUAUUCAGUCACAUAUCAUCAAAAAUAUACAGGCUAUUUUCCCUGAGCGUCACAAUGCAAUUUCACUUCAUAUCAAUUAACCCGUUAUAUCAGUGGCGAGGUGAUAUACACUUGCCAUCUCUGCACAAGACUUCAAAUACAUAACCCGUUGAUCCAAGUAUCACAUCUAAUUACAAUAUGCGGAUUUUCUGUAGCUGUCAGAACAGAGAACUUCAAACUACCAUAGAGCCUGUUGCGUUUUCAUUCAUUUUAUUACAGUUAAUGGUUACAACUGAGAUUAUUUGUGAAAAUGUCUGCCAUUAUCAAAGGGAAUCAGAAAAAAAAUAUAUUUGGUCAUUAUUUACAAAGAACACAAAGCCUCUGAACUAUCCACACAAAAGGGAGAAGGGGUUUAGGGCUCAUUUGACAAGGGCAGACAUUCGACAUUAAAAAAUAAA